GACUGGAGAUUAGAUGGGUAGACUGCUACUUCCCAUUUACCCACCCAUCUUUCGAGAUGGAGAUCAAGUUUCAGGGGGAAUGGAUGGAAGUUCUAGGAUGUGGUAUCAUGGAGCAGAAACUAGUGAAUUCAGCUGGUGCUCAUGACAAAAUUGGAUGGGCAUUUGGUCUCGGAUUAGAGAGGCUGGCCAUGAUUCUUUACGGUAUUCCUGACAUCCGCUUGUUCUGGAGUGAAAACCAGAUCUUCCUGAAGCAGUUCUACGUGUCUGACAUCAAUCAGCAAGUACAAUUUCAGCCAAUAAGCAAGUUUCCAUUUUUGGCCAACGACAUCUCAUUCUGGCUUCCCAGUGAAGGAUAUUCGGAGAAUGAUUUUUAUGAUUUAGUACGCAGUAUUGCAGGAGACAUUGUUGAAGAAGUGACUUUGAUUGACCAAUUUACUCAUCCAAAGACCCAGAGAGUUAGUCAUUGCUACCGCAUUAAAUAUCGACACAUGGAACGCACUCUGACACAAAACGAAGUCAGCAUAUUGCAUAGGAAAAUUGGACAAUCAGCAAUAGAAGAGCUCAGAGUAGAAGGAAGAUUUUAAAUCAACUUAUAAAUAAUGUAUCCUGUUAAUCAACGCUUUCUUGGUUUAUAAUGUAUUAAACUAUUGAUUCAGACUGUGGAUAUUUGGUUUUUUUUAACAGUGUCUUUUUCUCUGUUUGUCUUCAUUCUUAACUUUAGAUACA